AUGACUAUGUACCCCAUAGACAGUGGAAACAUUAAACCAACCACUGCCCUGGCUGCCAGUCCCUGCGUUCCUGGAGUGAGCCAAGAGGCCGCCCUCUUGGCUCACUCCAGGAACUCACCUGAGGCCGGUUGGCAGCAGCGGCGUGGGGAGAAGUAUUCCGGUCCAGAGCGGCGCUCGCCUUCACCCUACAACCGCCGUUCAUCAUCGCCGUACAAUUCCCGCUCUGACUCUCCAGGGAGGCAGAACCUGAAGCCCACCGGGGACGUCGUCUUCAACGCCCCGGAGCAACGUCGUGGAGUGCGGUUCCUUUCCCCAGACCACCACCAACAGGGAAACGGGAUGUAG